AUGAUUGAAGGCUCAAUUGAUGAGAAUUCUAAGCUGUUCUCAAAUUUGCUACAAGUAGCUGUAAGUAAAAACGACAAUGCAUUACAAACACGGUUGCUGAGUACACAUGGAGAUUUGGUAGCUGUUGAAGCAAGAUACCAUAGACAGCCCCAAUGUUUGAGUAAAUACUUAUUACGGAAAUACCCGGCUGAUGAUAAAAGUACAUGUAGUCUAAACAAAGCUUGCCAAUUGCUGAAGUCUGAGUUAAAUGACAAGAUUGAAAAGGACAAAAUUACCUAUGACUUUAGAUACUUACGAACAAAACUGAUUGAAAUUUCAAGAGAAAAUGGUUUAGACAUACCAGACACUAUGUUACGUGCAGGCCGUGUAAAGGAAGCACUGGUGCAAGUUUGGCCAGAUCUGAAGUUUGUUGCUAGAGAAGGUUUAAGUUACCUUGUUUGUUCUCAGGGUGUUACAGUAGAUGAAGCAUUGUCAAAGUCUGUGCAGCUGCAGAAGGCUUUAGAAGAUAUAACUGAACAAGAAGAACUUGAAACAAGUAUAACAGAAAGUAUAAAUGAUAAGAAUGCAAAUGAAAUAUCAGUUGUCCAUGAAGCAGCUGGGAUAUUGAGGAGGAGAAUCUUGCAGACUGAAGGUCUAGACAAAGAGUACUUUUCUUCCAUGGAAAUAGGACUGUCCACCCAAAGAGAAUUUUUGGAUCCUCUGUUAGUGCGCUUUGUUACAUGGUUGGGAUCAGAAUCCAAACUAAAAGAUGGACAUGACUUACUUGAUAGUGACACUGAUCAGAGAACAGUUUCAAUUUGCUCAGAUAUCACAGCACUAGUUAAGCCAGUUAUAACCCCAAAACACCUUGGAUUAUCGAUAUAUUUGCACCACUCAUAUGGAAGCAAGAAGUUAAUCGAGGACCUUCAUUCACAUGGGUACACGCUCUCAUACACAGAGAUCAGGCAUUUCCUCACAUCAGCAGCAAUUCAUAUGGCAUCUGUUCAAGAGAGAACACUGUCAGGUGGAAUUAUCCCUGCACACAUGACACGAGAUGAGCAGGAGCGAUCUGAUGACUUGAUCAUUUUGGCAGCCGACAACUGGGACCAUAAUGAAAGUACCCUGAGUGGCAAAAAGUCAACACAUGCCAUGACCAGUAUUUUGGUCCACACACCUUCAAGUGGCGAACAGUCAGCACCCCGCAUACCUAGAGUGAAGGAGAGGUCUAUCGACACUGUAGAACUGCCUGGAGAUGGUCUCGCACAUACAUUGGUUUACCAGAAGCCUACAGAGCGGCCAAAUCCCCAGCUUAAUCCUCCGGUGCAGAUGUCGGAACUAAGUAGCCCAGAACCAGCUGAAGCCAGACAACUACGUUUGAAUGACAUAUUGUACUCAGUGGGCCGAUUUGAGUCUUUGUUUCCACCAUGGACAGUUUUCCAGUCAAAUAUACAAACUGACAUUCUCACUAAUUCAUCUGAAAUAAUAUUCAAUCCAAUAAUUAUGGCCCCACCAACUGAACUCAAUACAGUUUACACAACCCUAAAACGAAGUAAAGAACAGGUUAAUGCACUAGGUCAGACAGAGUGUCCUAUUGUAUUUGAUAUGGGUUUGUUGUCAAAAGCAUUAGAAAUUGUAUGGGCAAAGCCACUUGAGUUCCAGGGAGUUAUUCCUCUUGAAGGAGGCAUGCAUUUUUUGAUGAGUGUAUUUGGUGGCAUAGGGCAUAUAUAUGGGGAUGCUGGACUAAAGAAUUUGUUGGUAGAGUCAGAUGUGUUUGCCAGAAAUACAGCAGAUCAUAUACUCUCUGGCAAAGAUUUUGACAGGGCCCUUCGUGCUCUUAUCAUGAUUGAUGAAGUGUUAAGCCAGAGAUUUUUGUUUCAGUUCUACAGAUGGGGGCAGCAGAAAUCACAGCUAGUGCCAGUAUCACUUUUGCAGAAACUUCAACAACUUGAUGUGAAGUCAGCUGAUACAAGUCUUCUCCAGGAGACCACAGCACUUUUAGAAACCCACAUGGUUCCUCUCAUGGAAGUAUUUCGUCACCAAGGUAGGACUGAAUCAGAACUCUUCCAAUUCUGGGAUGACUACUUGAUGAAAGUCUCCAAACCUCUGAAACUGUACCUAGCUGCUUCAAGGCAUGGUCUUUGGGAUACCUUUCAUUACUCAAAGUCACUGCUACUACCAUUCAUGUUUGCAGCAAACAGAACAGUAUAUGCAAGAUAUAUGCCUUAUAUGCUGUUGAAGAUGAAUCGACUGCCAGAUGCCAUACUCAAAUCCUUCAAGAAAGGUAAAUUUGUUGCCAAAUUGACAAAAGGAGUAUUCAACUCUGUAUGGAUCGACUAUGUCCUGGAAGUGACGGAGAAUAAGGCACUGAAGUCUUCAGGUGGCAUAAUUGGCCUCACACACAAUGACAGUGCCCUGUCUCGGUGGUUCCUAUCCAGACCAGUUACAGCUAAGUAUGCUGUUGAAUUUUCGUCUGCUGGAAAGACUCCAACAGUGAAACAUCACACAGACACACCUUUCCACAUGAGUGCAUAUAACGAAGCUGUCAGAAACAUGCUGAGUCUGUUUGAAAACCAGGUCUUCGUAGACCCCUUUUGCCUGACUGAUCCACCGGACACUCUGGUAAACUUCGCUACAGGUGUUGCAGCAGAACCUGAAGUUGCUAGUAGUCUUCUUAACUGUCACUCUACUGGUAUGUCGAUGUUAACAGAUUUCGUGCAAGACAGGUUUCAGGUUGAAGGGAGACCAGCGCCGAAGAAGAAUUUCUUCGAUCCAAUCCCAAGGGCAAACAUAAAAACCAUGAGCUCAAGAAAGGCAAGGACCAUUCGCAUGAAAGCCAAAGAUAUAACCAUUAAUGGCGAAGAAAUGUACCUCCGGCUGCUGGCAAUCAACGCCUAUAAGAGAGUGCCACUAGAACGUGUCAUGUCAUUUGAGAAUGCUCCUGUCCCUCUUAGUUUAUUUCAUGAUGAUGGCUCAAUGACUUCCACCAAAAAGUCUGACUUUCUGGAAAAACUUGAACAACUUGCAGAACCUGAAAACAUUCCUAGAAAUAUGCAAAGAGUAGAUUGUAUUGUUUUCGAUGGAAUGGCAAUUAUUCAAUUACUUCAGCCACCAACAGGUUCAAAACCUACAUACAAGCAAAUGGCAGACAGCUUCUGGACAUAUAUAAUUUCUGGAUGUCAGCAAACAGCUCAAGUCCAUGUAGUCUUCGAUAGAUAUGAAGAAAACAGUCUGAAAAUGCAGACACGGCAAAAACGUGGAGAGAGUGCUUCAGCCUCAGCCAUAACAAUCCAACCUAAUAUGGUGAUUGGCGACUGGAAAAGGGUGCUGACCAGCAGCAAGUGUAAAAGCGAGCUAACAAAAAUGUAUACAAGGCAUUUAACAGAAAAUUGCCAUACCCUGAUUGCUGAGGGCAUGCAACUGUUUGUCUCUGGUGGGUUACAGCAGAAGACUCUAUUGGUUACAAACAAGGCAGUUUCAUAUGUUGGUGGCCUUGAGUCAAACCAAGAGGAAGCUGAUAGCAGAAUGUUGUUCCACUUGGCACAUGCAUCGGCAUCAUUAAGGAUCAAGAGUGCAACAGUGGUAAGUCCAGACACAGAUGUGUUUGUUCUACUGGUCCACCACUAUGAUAGUCUGGGAAUAGAAGUCGUGUAUUUCAAGACCGGCAGAAAGGGUUUGUACUGUAACCUUACAAGAUACAUACCAGUGCAUUUGGUGUACAGAGCACUGAAUCCCAACGAAAGAGCCGUUCUACUUCCAGUUUAUUGUAUCACAGGGUGCGACACAUGUUCCUCCUUCCAUGGAAUUGGGAAGAAGAAAGCUUUCCAUGUUCUGCGCAAACAUUCACCACAACUGACAAGCCUAGCAGACUUGGGUCAGCUGCCAGAAAUAUCUUCUGAAACAAAAGCUGCAGCCAUUCUCUUUGUUGGUUUGCUCUAUGGGCAAACAUGUUGCACAUCUCUGAAUAUCCUACGCAAAGAACUUGUCUUGGGUAAGGUUAGAGUCAAGCCGAGAAGAUUGCCACCAACAAAUGACAGCAUGAUGUUACACUUACUAAGAUGUGCAUACCAGCUGUUCAUUUAG